AUGCCUUAAGAGUCUAUCGAAAUAUAAAUGUUAAAACAACAAGUUUAAUUAUUAUAAUAAGAACUUCAAUAAAUUCAUUAAUAUGGUAAUAUACGUACACUUUGGAAUAAUAUAUUCUCAAAAUUAGAAACCAUUACAUAUACAUCUCAAUAACCUCUCAAAAUCUAUUAGUAGUUAAUGUUUAGACAAAGUUUAUCUCAAGAUUAAAUAAAACCAGAAUAUCUCACAUAAGAUGCAGGAUGUUAGACUGAUGAUGAUUAAAUUAAAUGUACAAGACAUUAUUAAAUCCUCUAUUUAAUCAAUCAAUAUAGAAUUGAAAAUAAAUUAAUUCAUCUCUCUCUAUACCAACUACAAUUAUUAACAUAUCUAAAAAAGAAAAUUAUAUUACAAAACCUAUCAGUAAUUUAGAAUAUAAAGUUAGGGUACAAAAUAUAAUAAAAUUCUUAGGAUUUUUAAAUUAAUGAUUUAAAACUAUAGAAUUAAACACUUAAGUAGGAUAUUUCAAAUCUAUAAUUAAUGA